GUCGCCGUACCUCCCUUAACCAGAACGUCCAUCAUCCGUCAUCCACCUCCUCAUCUCCCGUCCUCGUCGGCCUGCUCGUGAGUGAGCGGCAGCGGCGAGUAUUGCAACCAUGUCCAGCGAUACUCCAGAGACGAUCGUCAUUGGCAUCCUUGCACUCCAAGGGGCUUUCGCAGAGCACCAAACGAUCCUCUCGCGGCUCAAGCUCCCCUCACAUCCGCUGACGUCUCUGCUCGUGCGCACACCGCAAGACCUCGCUCAAUGCAGCGCGCUCAUCAUCCCCGGCGGAGAGAGCACGACGAUCGCCUCUGUUGCCGCGCGUACAGGGAUGCUCGACCUGCUCAAGGAGUUCUGCCAGAAUGUGGAUAAGCCCGUCUGGGGGACCUGUGCAGGGUGCAUCCUCUUGGCUAAGGAGGCGACGGGGCUCAAGAAGGGUGGUCAGGAGCUGUUUGGCGGUAUGGGGGUCGGUGUGAAGAGGAAUGGAUAUGGGACGCAGCUAGAGUCAUUCGAGGUCAUGCUCGAUGUUCCUGCGUUGCGAGAUCCGGAGCGCCCUUUCGCGGGUGUCUUUAUCCGUGCCCCAAUCAUUGAGCACGUCAACGAGUCUGCCCCCACCUCGAUCUCCAUACACACCGAGAUUGUCGCUCGUGUCCCUCCCUCUUGCCUACCUGCCGAACUACACGAUGCGGCCGAGACGAGCAACAAAGACUACACCGUGGUAGCCAUGCGCCAAGGGAAGAAAUUCGUGACGACGUUCCAUCCCGAGCUCACUAAGGAUGAUCGACUACACGAAUACUUUAUCAAGCGGUGCGUGCUCGGACUUGUGGCUCAGAAGUAAGUCGGGAACUGGAGUGCUGGGUUUAUAUCCUACUAGAGGAUUCUUUGCAACCUGGGCCGAUAUCUCUCGGAGCUAUGUUCGACACGUCGGCACCGAAGCUACAUAUGCCGCCGGGCCCCUUGCUGCCCUCUCCCUAUCAAAUGAAGUUAUGAGGUUUUCGUCACUCAGAUUACCAGUCACAUCGGGCAUUCUGCUAUCUUCUACGUUGGCCUAUUACGUUGUGGUGGAGAGUGCAAUUCAGUUCCG